UGUUUGUUGUCUCUCGAUCGAUCGUGCGACUGAGGACGAUGAUGCAAGCAGCUUCCAGGAGAUUAGUCCAACGGCCCCUCGCCGGAGAAACUUCCAUCUACUCAUCGUCUUCUCUCAGAUCUCUCUAUGGAGUCCCAGAUUACCGUGGCUAAGGAACAUGGUGGGAUAAUGAGAUUUAUUCAAGUUUCUUGUCUGGGAGCUUCUGUGUCAUCUCCUUCAAGAAUGCAGAGGGCUAAAGCUGCUGCUGAGGAAGCUGUCUUCAGCGCGCUGCCUGAGGCGACAGUCAUGAGACCUGCGACCAUGAUUGGCACAGAGGACAGAAUCCUGAACCCCUGGGCAAUGUUCGUUAAAAAAUAUGGUUUCCUCCCGCUCAUAGGUGGUGGUACCAACAAAUUCCAGCCCGUAUAUGUGGUUGAUGUUGCUGCUGCAAUCGUUGCAGCUCUGAAGGAUGAUGGCUCCAGCAUGGGGAAAACCUAUGAAUUAGGUGGUCCAGAUGUCUUUACCCCUCAUGAUUUGGCGGAGAUCAUGUUUGAUAUGAUUCGUGAAUGGCCUCGAUAUGUGAAGCUUCCAUUUCCAAUUGCUAAGGCAAUGGCGGGUCCUCGGGAUUUCAUGGUGAACAAGGUCCAGUACCCGCUACCAUCCCCACAGAUCUUCAAUCUGGAUCAAAUCAAUGCGCUUACAACCGAUACACUUGUAUCUGACAAGGCCUUGACUUUUCAGGAUUUGGACCUUGUCCCUCAUAAAUUGAAGGGAUAUCCAGUCGAGUUUCUUAUUCAAUAUCGCAAGGGUGGUCCUAAUUUCGGUUCUACUGUCAGUGAAAAGAUACCAACAGACUUCUACAAUUGAUGAUGCUUCUACUCAAAGGUCGUUUUCCUGGACUAAUUUUGAUUCAUGCAAGUCUCACAGUGAAAUGGCAGAAACUAGAUAUGGUAUUUUGAUGCCUUUCAUUUACUUCUGUCAAAUAAUAAAAGGGUUUCCUCUUCUCUUUGUUGUGUUCUGAAAGGAAGUAUAACCCUUCAACAUGAUUAUAAGUUGGAGAGGGGACGUUAUAUGUCUUGAAUGGGAGAUUUAUUCCCCUUAUGAUAAUGUAGUUUCUGGUUCGUUUGAAA